UCUUAUAAAGACACCAUUUGUCUGAUUUUGAAAGGGAAAAUGGUCAAAUUAUUUGUUGUCCUGCUCUCGUUUUUAGUCCAGUGGUCCUGGGCUCAGGAAGACCCUCUUCUGCCUUUCUCUGAACACCUGGACCCUGGGCACAAUGUGCGACUGAGGUGGGGAUUUGAUGAGAUCCAGGGCACCAUCUUGUUCGAGCUCACGGUUAACACCAGCGGCUGGGUCGGUUUUGGCUUCAGCCCCAACGGAGGAAUGGCUGGAGCCGAUAUGGUCAUUGGAGGAGUUGGACCUAAAGGCACUUACUUCACGGACCGUCAUGCUGGGGGGAAUUCAAUGCCUGUGGUUGACCAGCAACAGAACUACAAACUUCUGUCUCUGAUUGAGUCUGAUGGGAAAACAGUCAUGAAGUUUCAGAGGUCCAUCGAUUCCUGUGAUAAAGAUGAUCUAAGCAUUACUGAUCUCCCCAUGAAGCUGAUCUAUGCGUACGGACAGACUGAUGACAUCACGUACCACAGUACCCGAAGAGGCACGAAGGAGUUGAACCUGCUGAAGUAUAUGCCACGUGUCAACCCUCCAAACAGCAACUUUUUUGACAUAACUAUGGUCAAUUUCACUAUACCAGCCAACCAAACCCACUAUCACUGCAAGAUCAUGCAAGCCCCAACAUUUGGUCCCAAACAGCACAUUUAUCGCAUUGAGCCGGUGAUCUCAAACAUUGACCUAGUUCAUCAUCUGCUGCUGUACCGCUGCCCUCCAGGUGUGACGGAGGAACUUGACGUGGAAUGUUACACUACGGUGGAUGCACAGUGUAUGGAGGUCGUGGCUGUGUGGGGAGUUGGCGGAGGGGCUUUUGAAUUUCCUGAGGUGGCAGGACUUCCAAUUGGAGGAAAUGUUGGAGAUUUUUUCUACAGGCUUGAAGUGCAUUACAACAACCCAAAUAAAAGUGCAGGUCGAGUUGAUAACUCAGGUCUGCGAUUCUAUUACACAUCUGAACUCCGUCAGCAUGAUGCAGCUAUUCUGAUGACAGGGCUUGCGGUGGCCCCUGGGUACGCCAUCCCACCCAAAGCCAAAUCCUUCCUCACGUACGGCCUCUGUGACACUGCUUACAUUCCACAGGUUCUGGAGACGCCACAAGAUUUUCAGGUGUUCGCUGUGAUGCUGCACACACACUUGGCUGGGCGGAAGGUGCGAGUCGGACACUUCAGAGGGGGAAAACAGAUCGAUCUUUUAGCUGUGGAUGAAAACUAUGAUUUUGAAUUUCAAAAAGUGACAAACUUGGGUAAAUCUAAGACAGUGAAGUUGGGUGAUAAAUUGCUGGUGGAGUGCACCUAUAAUACCGAAAACCGCAACACACUCACAUGGGGGGGGCUCUCAACUUCUAAUGAGAUGUGUUUGGCCUUCCUCUUAUACUAUCCAGCUAUGAAUCUGAGCGGCUGUUUGAGCUUCCCUGAUAUAACAUCUUUAGUAUAUGCGAUGGGGGCAACAGAUAUAGAUUCAUGGCUCAAUAUAAUGUUCACGAAGACUUGGGAUGACAUGUCUGUCAAUCAAUACCAGCAAACACUAAAGAGAACUGACCAGGUCGUCAUAGUCACAAGCUCAUUUAACAACGCAUCAUACAAUACAGGAACGGUUCCUGAUCUCAAAGUCAUCCCUCCUGCAACUUGCAUGAGUGGCUGUGCCACCAAAAGUCUUGCUUUGCUAUCGCUGCUUUUAUGUUUGGCAGUGCAGUGGGUGUCCUUUUGAACAAUAAUGCAAAAUACCACUGAUGUAACUUGUUUUUCUUUCAUCGUCUGAAUAAAUAUUACCCCCUGGCUCACAGGAACUAAAA